AUGCCACUUUCUCUCUGCUCUGCUCUCCAUACAGUGACUCCCUUUUACCACUUUGGGCUUCAGUCGCAGUCUCUUGACCACCCAAGCCAUCGAUCUGCCUCAAGUGCCAGGGUAUAUUAUCUUUGA